CGGCUAUAACAGCUCGAGCCGUGCACCGCCAUCUUAGAUUGAUCCGUGUUGUUCCAGCGACUUCCGAGGAGAACAGCUGUGGAGUCGAGCCGCUGUUCCCCCUUGUGUUGUUUACACGGUUUUGGCUUAAACUUUGCUUACAACAUCGACAGUAAGCAACUGACGGAGCAGACGGAUAUAUCGCCGUGUUUCAGAUUAGGACGCUGUGUAGGCUGAGGGUUUUGAAAGGAACAUGGCUGCCCAGCCUGACCUGAUGGAGCUCGACAUGGCCAUGGAGCCGGACCGCAAGGCCGCAGUCAGCCACUGGCAGCAGCAGUCGUACCUGGACUCUGGCAUCCACUCUGGGGCCACGACCACAGCGCCAUCCCUCAGCGGCAAGGGCAACCCCGAGGAGGAUGAUAUGGACAACCCUGGGCUGUACGAGUGGGAGCAGGGCUUCCCCCAACCCUUUACCCAGGACCAGGUGGCAGACAUCGACGGGCAGUACGCCAUGACCCGGGCCCAGAGGGUCCGGGCCGCCAUGUUCCCCGAGACCCUGGAUGAGGGCAUGCAGAUCCCGUCCACGCAGUUUGACAGCGCCCAUCCCACCAACGUGCAGCGUCUGGCUGAGCCCUCGCAGAUGCUCAAGCAUGCCGUGGUCAACCUGAUCAACUACCAGGAUGAUGCUGAGCUGGCCACCCGCGCCAUCCCCGAGCUCACCAAGCUGCUCAAUGAUGAGGACCAGGUGGUGGUGAACAAGGCAGCCGUGAUGGUGCACCAGCUCUCCAAGAAGGAAGCGUCCCGGCACGCCAUCAUGCGCUCGCCCCAGAUGGUGUCGGCCAUCGUACGCACCAUGCAGAACACGGGCGACGUGGAAACAGCGCGCUGCACGGCCGGCUCCCUGCACAACCUCUCCCACCACCGGGAGGGCCUGCUUGCCAUCUUCAAGUCUGGUGGCAUCCCUGCCCUCGUCAAGAUGCUGGGAUCCCCAGUGGACUCGGUUCUGUUUUACGCCAUCACAACACUCCACAAUCUGCUGCUGCACCAGGAGGGGGCCAAGAUGGCUGUGCGCCUGGCCGGGGGCUUGCAGAAGAUGGUGGCUUUGCUCAGUAAGACCAACGUGAAGUUCCUCGCCAUCACGACGGACUGCCUUCAGAUCUUGGCAUAUGGCAACCAAGAAAGCAAGCUCAUCAUCUUGGCCAGUGGUGGCCCUCAGGCCUUGGUCAACAUCAUGAGGACCUACACAUAUGAGAAGCUUUUAUGGACCACCAGCAGAGUGCUCAAAGUGCUGUCGGUCUGCUCCAGCAACAAGCCUGCCAUCGUCGAGGCUGGAGGUAUGCAGGCCUUAGGGCUUCACCUGACUGACCCUAGUCAGCGUCUGGUCCAGAACUGCCUGUGGACCCUCAGAAACCUGUCAGAUGCAGCCACCAAGCAGGAGGGCAUGGAGGGUCUGCUGGGGACGCUGGUGCAGCUCCUGGGUUCUGACGACAUCAAUGUGGUGACGUGUGCGGCCGGCAUCCUCUCCAACCUCACCUGCAACAACUACAAGAACAAGAUGAUGGUGUGUCAGGUGGGAGGCAUCGAGGCGCUGGUGCGUACCGUGCUCCGCGCCGGAGACCGCGAGGACAUCACCGAGCCCGCCGUAUGCGCCCUGCGCCACCUCACCAGCCGCCACCAGGACGCUGAGAUGGCCCAGAACGCCGUGCGGCUCCACUACGGCCUGCCGGUAGUGGUGAAGCUGCUGCACCCGCCCUCACACUGGCCCCUCAUCAAGGCGACUGUGGGGCUGAUCCGGAACCUGGCGCUGUGCCCUGCCAACCACGCGCCCCUCCGGGAGCAGGGCGCCAUCCCCAGGCUGGUGCAGCUGCUGGUGCGGGCGCACCAGGACACGCAGAGACGCACCUCCAUGGGCGGCACGCAGCAGCAGUUUGUGGAGGGGGUCCGCAUGGAGGAGAUUGUGGAAGGCUGCACUGGUGCCCUGCACAUCCUGGCCAGAGAUGUUCACAACAGAAUCGUCAUCCGGGGACUCAACACCAUCCCACUCUUCGUGCAGCUCCUGUACUCUCCAAUCGAGAACAUCCAGCGUGUGGCGGCCGGCGUGCUCUGCGAACUGGCUCAGGACAAGGAGGCGGCAGAGGCCAUCGAGGCUGAGGGGGCCACCGCCCCCCUGACGGAGCUGCUGCACUCCAGAAACGAGGGCGUGGCCACGUACGCGGCGGCCGUGCUCUUCCGCAUGUCGGAGGAUAAGCCCCAGGACUACAAGAAGCGGCUGUCAGUGGAGCUCACCAGCUCCCUCUUCAGGACGGAGCCCAUGCCCUGGAAUGAGACGGGAGAUCUUGGCCUGGACAUGAGUGCCCAGGGAGAGCCCCUCGGCUAUCGCUCGGACGACCCGAGCUACCGCUCGUUCCACUCGGCCGGCUUCGGGCAGGACCCCCUGGGGAUGGAGCCCAUGAUGGAGCAUGACCUCCAUCACCCCGGUGCCGACUACGCGGUCGAUGGCCUGCCAGACCUGGGCCACACCCAGGACCUGAUUGACGGGCUGCCCCCAGGCGACAGCAAUCAGCUGGCCUGGUUUGAUACUGAUCUGUAAAUAAAUAACCUUUUUAGCCGUAUCGUCUGAAUAAACUGCAUCGUGACUUGGCCUGUAGAGUUGCUGAGCGGUCUUGUGAGGAGAGGUGGGCUCAUGUCUCAAAGUGCCUGACGCUAACCAACGCCGAGUUUCCUAUGGGAACAAGCCGGAGAAACGUUUUGUUCUGGUCCUUGCUGGUCGGAGUUUAAACUGCGGUGGAUUAUUAUUAUUUUUUUUGAGUGGAAGAGUGUGCCAGAGAUGGAUCUCAAGAUGGAAUUUCAACAUCUAGCCUUGCCUGUCUUUUUUACAUUUUAUUUUUUUAAUGAUUCUUCUGUCACUUGUAAUGGUUCUGAUCUAGCUUGCUUUAAAACCAUUUUUUGCAGCAAUUUUUAUUCCUUUUAACGUCUCGUAGUAUUAAGUUAUAGUGGUAAUGUUCCAUCAGUUUCUAAAUUUUAUCAGUUCAUGGUGUAGAACACUAAUCAAAAGAAUUGUAUUCUGAAUAAAGUGUUAUAUUGUGUAGCUUUUGUAUAAAACCAGGAAUUGAAAAUGGUCCAAAUAUUUUAAAAGCUGAAAUUGAAAAACCUUCUGGUGUCAGUCUUGGAGUCCAUUUGAGUUGGGGCCAAAAGAACUGAUCCUCUUUUUGGCCUUUGAAGGUAGUUUAAAGAUCCCUUAAGUUGUAGCCUGCUGUGCUUAUUGGAAACAUGGCUGAACAAUAAAACGGACUUAUUUCAGC